UUAUGGAAAAGCUUGUUGAUUCUAAAAAUUUAUCUACUCCUCUGUGGAAGGUGACUACAAUGGCUCGUGUAGCGGAAGAUCAAGUGGUUGAAUUUUCACUCGAUGAAGUGCAAUAUGUGAAAUUCCGAACUUCGAGGACUCUCUUGGGGAGACUAUUUUCGGAAACCAUUUUCACUGCUAGUGAGUUGAGAGAGGGCUUGCUUGAGGCAUGGCGGGUGCAAGGAAACCUUCGGGUAUCGGUCACGAAAUUUGGGCUAUUUGAAAUUAUUCUCCCAAGUGAUGAGAUGAGGGUUUGGCUACUAAAAAGAUCUCCAUGGAUUAUUAAGGACAUGAUUCUACAUCUUCGGUCCUGGACGUCCUCUAUCACAAGGCCCAUUUUUGAUGAUUUGGCCAUUGCUCCUUUCCGUGUGCAGCUAUGGAAUGUAAAAGAAGACUGUUGCACGGCGCAGUUUGGCCGGAAAGUGGCGGCUGGAAUGAUUGGUCAAAUCUUGGAGUCUGAUGUCUUUGCGGCCAAAGACUCUAAUGAACGCUUUGUGAAGGUGCAUGCCUUAAUUGAUUUUGCCAAACCUUUGCGAUCUCAAUUUAUGGCGGCUAGUGAUGAGAUUGGUAGAUUCUGGGUACUUCUCAAAUACGAGUUUUUACCAACCUUCUGCUACCACUGUGGUCGAGUAGGGCAUUCAAAGCCGGAGUGUGUUUUUGGCCCACCUACUGGCCAAGAACGGUUUGGGCCGCACAUGUCUACUCGGAAGCCGGGAAGAAAGAUUUACAGGGAGGAUGAAGAAUACCCUCAGUUCCGCAAUGCCAGCAAAUCAGUGUGGGUGAAUAGGAAUACUCAUUUGCUCAAAGAUGGGAAGGAGAAGGCUGCUAGCAGAGAUCCGGGUGCUAAUACCCUCCCACUUACCCAAGUGGCGGCUCAUCCUGCCCCAAGAGAGUCGGAAACUCAGAAGAAGAGAGUGGUACAGAAUAGGCAGCAGGCCCCUGCUAAAACCUCCUUUGGGGUCCAGCGUUUGGUCGUUAAGACGUCUCCUCGGGUUAAGAUUGCUGGAAAUAUUCGACACCAUCAGAAGAAAGCGUCACCCAGAAAGGUGGUACCACCUCCUCGACAGGUCACUAAGGAGCGCCGGCAGUCUAGCCGGCGGGCCAAGCAGACUGAGCAAUGCCAGCAGGUAGUGGGGCAGGUGGCGGAAGCUUUCGAGCAAUCAAGGAGGCGCAUGCUGAUUUUACAAGAGGAAUCUAAGGAGGAGGAGGAGGAGAUCAUGGUGGGUGGGAGUAGUCCCCCUAUGAAGCAGCGUACCCCUGCUGGUCUGGCGGAGGACCUUGACACGAUUCCUAGGGCUCGCCCUCGUCUUCGAAGAAGAGGGGCAGACUGCCCUCUUCCAUCGGCUCACAAGGAUGGGGGCUCUUCUCCUUCUGGUGAUCGGCUUGAUUUGGAGGAUAAGGAAUCUGUGGAAAAGUCUGCUGCGGUAGAGCUACAAUAGGACUUUGACUCUGAAGAGGAUCAGGCAGCUGAGGAUCAUCAUAUCUUUGAGAUCAAGCGACGUUCGCCAGCUGCGGCCACCAGGAAGACGCGCCAUAUCAUGAAAGGGCGUGUGCACCAGGUGGUGGAGGCUUUUGAAGCUGGGUUAGUUAUUGCAAGAGAAGAGGAUGGGGGGUCAAGGAAAUGGUUUCAAGGCUGGAUGAAUAUGGGUCUAAUUUGAUGGACCCUAUCAUGGAGAAUGGGAAGCGCGUGCUGGAUGAAUUGGAAGGGGAUGUGGGGAACUCUCCUACUCCAAAGAAGCAGUUUGUGGAAGCGAUUGAGGAUCUGGAAAAGGUGGAGGAAGCCAGCCUUGAAUGGCCCCCAGAGGUUAAAUGAGGCUUCUCGCCUGGAAUGUGAGAGGAAUUGGGCCGUCCCUCACGUUCCAAUCUGCUUUAGGGCUUGUUCAUUCCAAUAAAUCGGAUCUCGUGUUUUUCUUUGAGACACGAUCAAGCCGACGUGUAGUGUCCCGGCGUAUGCGGGGUCUAGGUUUUGCUCUUUCUCAUUGUUUUUUUGUAGAUACAGUCGAUGCAUCAGGAGGUUUAGUAGUUGCUUGGGCCCCCGGAGUUAACACUUUGGUGCUUUGUCAUUCAAAUUUUUAUAUUUGUUUGCAAAUUAAUGAAGGAGAUUUUUCUUA